AUGACACGAAGUUACUAUGUGCAUAGCGCUCUCGCAUCGCUCCAACACUUCUUGACUAUAUCAACACCCUCAACAGAGGAGAGCAGCGGAGAGGAAGAUUCGUGGGUGUCGUGGUUUUGCAGUCUAGCAGGAAACGAGUUCUUCUGUCACGUUGACGAAGACUGGAUGCUCGAUCGAUUCAAUCUCACGGGGAUUAACGAGCAUGUCUACAGCUACCGCAAAGCACUGGACAUGAUCCUAGACCUCGAAAUGGAAGGGGAGGCAUCCGAAGAAGAGAUUGAGCGCAUUGAGCAGAGCGCAGAGGUGCUGUACGGACUCAUACACGCGCGUUAUAUAGUUACGUCCGCUGGGUGUGCGCAGAUGGCGGCCAAGUUUUAUAAUAAGGAUUUCGGGGAGUGCCCCAGAGUAUUAUGUGCCGGGCAGGCGGUGUUGCCGGUGGGCUUGUCCAAUACUCCGUGGGACAACACCGUGAAACUGUUCUGCCCGAACUGUCAAGAUAUAUAUAAUACGAAGUCGAGUCGACAUCGACACAUAGAUGGAGCCUUCUUCGGUUGCACCUUUGCACACCUGAUGUUAGUUGUGCAACUGCAGUGGGAGCCAUCCAUUGAACCACGCAUCUACGUGCCGAAGAUAUACGGAUUCAAGAUCCACCCGUCUGCCGUAAAAUAUUCCCAAAGAAAGGCACAACUAUCACGAAGAAAAAAGCAAAACGAUAAUACAGAGCGAGAUAGAGUGCGACAAGAGAAGAUGAUAAAGGAUUUACGCACGCCCGCAGAACACGCGGCAGCUGACGCUCAGAAAUAUCAGGCUCAGUAG